AGCCACCGAACCACUGCUGAUGGUACACAUUUUCUGGAUCAAUUGAAAAUGUUACUGUGUCUUGUUACCCUACUACUCAUUUCUCUAUCCCUGCCGUCGGCUAACACAAGCGCCACGGGAGAUCCAAAUGACCCCCAAGAAUGUCUUGAUAUAGACGCGCAGUCAGAUGGAGAUAGCUAUCAAGGCAAGGUAUCCGUGGCCUACGAUGGGACUGAGUGUCAACCGUGGAGUAACCAUUCACAGUUUUGGCGCAGGCACUGGUCUCGCGAUCGGGCCUACAAAGAGAUCAACUACUGUCGAAAUCCUGACAACGAUGCGCGUGGACCUUGGUGUGUGGUACACAAAUCGUCGUUUAAAUAUUGCAACGUUCCAAGAUGUGGAAAGGAUGUUGGUUGCUACGAGGACAGAGGGGAAGAUUAUGGAGGCUAUCAAGAUCGGACGGUAGGCGGACUGCCAUGCAAAAACUGGAAUAUCCACGCUAAAACCAGUUCAAAUAGCUUUCGAUUUCGACUUCAUCAAAACGCCACACACAGCACGGUCAUCUCGGCCUUUGACGAACGUUUGAAAAAGUUCAACUAUUGCCGUAAUCCCGGUGGGACCAGUUCUCGUCCAUGGUGCUACACCAUAGCACAGUCCGGGUCACAAAAUGAGAAGAACUACUGUGAUAUCCCCAGUUGUGAUGGACCAAGCAUUCUAGGCUAUCCGUUGAUGGACAAAGAUAGCGCUUGUGCGUCCAAUUUCUUCAGGCAAAUACAAGUUAUCUCGAUGGAGGGUAAACCCGAAAUCAAACUGCCCUAUUGUAUAGCUCCAGAGCGAAUCCUUCACCCAGCUCACCGACGUGAGCCACAUUCACAGUUCACAGAAUUCUGCCUCUUCCCUCUGGGAAAAUCGACCCACUGUCCAGCGGAUGAAAUAAUGAGACGAACGCUGGAGGAUCUCCAAAACCCUGGUGUUCAAAUAGCCUGUGAGGAACACUUUGUCGAUCUGGAAUACGUAGACGACAUCGUUCUAAUGGUCGAAGAGGAGGAGAAGGCGCAAUUACUCUUGAAUGAACUGACCAAAGUCAUCCAGUCGUUUGGUUUUCGUCGCGUUCAACGUUUCCAACCCAUGCUGAAUAAGUGGCAACACAUCUCCGGCCCAACAGCAUGGCGCGCAUCUGGAGAGCAUUUGUUAAUGACUGUUUAUUGCUGCUCAGACCCCAAGUACUUCAUUCAGUACCACCAAAAGCCUUAUAUUCUGAUCGAAAAAAUCUCUUCUUACAAACGCAUUCUAAGAAGUGAUCGUCUGGAAGCCAGCCUGCCGUCCAUUGUUUCUCUGCUACAAUCUCGUAUGACCAGUCCAAGUGAAUCGUCGGUAACGCAAAGCUCAGAUGUCAAAGACGACUCGGAUUUUGACUCUGAGAAACAUCCAGUGUUCGCCUCCGUUCGCCAGUGUCCACCGGUACCAAACAUGCUCAGACUGGUCAUGCCCACUGCUCAAAGUUCACUGAAUCCAGACAAUCUUGACCAGACCAUGCCAAUGUUUUUGGAAGAUUUGAUGUGUGAAUACUACACUUUACCGUCGCCAGCAGCAACCAGAAGACCCACAAGUGAAUGCUUCCGCCCGAACGAAAUCCAUUUCCAUUUGAGUGGGAAUCGAUUAAAACUCUGCUGCACUGGUACUCUGAACCAGACAAAUGGCAAUCAUACCAUGGAAAUCGAGACCGACAAAGUACAAGCACCGUUUAAAGCAAAACCACCAUUUGUUGUGAUUCAAAAUGGAAAUACCUGUCCAAAUUUCUAUAGCGGGACAGAGAAUUUGGCUUUUGUUCAAUACACCAGACCUAUGCCGCGUACAAAGUCUACGAAGAUGACGCUAAUUGGACCGGAUGACCCACUUAGAACCUCCGAGGGAUUUGGUGUGGGCGUGUGCCAGUAUAUAACACAAAAUGGUUUUCAUCACCGGAGUGGUGUCGUUCGGCUUGGUACAAACAUUCAACCUCUGGGAAACUUGUGCUGUCGUACCGAAGAGUCGGUGGGAGCUAUUCGUUUCCCCAUAAAGCUGGAGGCUCCGUUCAAACUGCCUGCAAUUCACCGACCAUGCCAAGCGAUUGAAAAUUUCAAUGUGGACUCUGAGUUACAGUUUUGCGUAUAUUAUCCACAAGGAAUUAGGAGGCCAGAACGAUCCAGUGUGGACCGUCUGAUGAUGUACUUCAGUUUAAUGCACGACCAAUGGCUUACAAACAAACGUCCGCGAUGGUUGGUCGACCAACACGAAGUGGAUGAUAUUUGCUUCAACGAAGUCCACGGAUCAUCAAUACCGGCAACCACACUGUCUGGAAAAGGAUAUUGUCUAUUUGUUUUCGGAUCUUGCCCCAAACGAAAUUUCGAAAUGCUGGGAGCAUCUCCUUACAUGAACUCCGUGCUAUGUUGCACUGUGGCGGGCAACUCAGGUGUGAGUGAAAGCAACACGGAACCCGAGCAUGAUACACAACCACUACGAUCAUUUGUCACACUUGGUCACGCGUCCGCCAAAGACAUCCAGGAGCUGAAUGGGUUCUCUGGCACCAAAGUGUUGGAACUGGAUACGAACACCACGUCGGAGACGUGUCCGCAGUUCGCAAAUCUAGUAUUGCGUCGCCGUGUUGUGGAGGGACACAUCGCGCCCCCUACGAUGCGCUUGGAAAACACGCCCGAAUUGACACGAAUGUUCAACGUAACACAUAUGAGUUAUGAUGAGUUUAAACAGCGAACAGGUAUAUGGGCCCGUGAGAAUAUCGCAUACACGCACUACUGUGAAUAUUCCGUCCGAAAGACACCCUCAGCAUCGCUGGAUACUAAAAGAGAGGGGACUUUUGAGGCCAUUUUUAAAGGACUAGGAGGAAUUAUUUCGAAAAAGACUACAGAUUCCAGUGUACUUGGAGUACUCUUAGCAUCGAGGAGAACAUUUACACCAAUCAGUGUGGAACCUGGAAUGCCCAUUCAUCUUGACGGGAUUUAUCUGCGGGGUGAUAAGAGGACUUGGUUGCAGUACUGUGUGUUCACCUCCGAUGGAGCGAUCCAGCCCACAGCGGAAGAUUACGUACCAGCGGAACUCCCGCCGGGACACUAUUGUGUAUUACGCGUCAGGAGCGAAUGUCCUUCUGGAUUCUCGGAGGGCGUACUUAGCAUCAUCGAAGGUCCUCAAAAGGCGCAUCCCCGUAUUCCAGGUCAUCUACGGGAUGCGAUUCUCGAUUCUAUUCCGCAACACACACCAGUAUUUGAUAUCACACGAACACGUCUGACCGCUAAGGACCCGGCGAUUACUGUCCAUCGUUUGGAUUACCACUUCUGUUGCAGAGCCGACUCUCCUGGAGUGGAUAUUCCAAUCCAGGGUUUUCCAACGGAAUCUGGAGCCUUUUUCCUCUACAGGUCCGUUUGCGCGUACUUGGGCGCGUCAGCACUUCACAACGCUGGAGAAUGGCCAGUCGGAGCCUACGCCCUGCCAAAUGCUCAUCGCUCCGACACGGAAAAUGCCUGCCCACCUGGUUUCACUCAGAAUCACAUGUCACUGGUUAGUGUGCAAACCAUGUUCUACGAACUUGAAAUCAUACCCACCGUGAUCGGAUCCUACUUCCUCGAAAUCAUUGGACACAAUCAAAGUGCUUUGAAUGUGCACUACUGUGACCGUGAUCGACCUUCCUCUUCGCAGGACAAAAACACCACACUACCACCGCCCGUGAGCGCCGAACAACUUGCGCUCCAGUGGCCCAAAGGAGACUACUGUGUGAUUUCAACAGAUCUGUCCAACCACUGUCCACCAGGUCUGAACCGGCACAGUCGUUCAGUUGCUGAGUUGUGCUGCCGCACUGAUAAAGUUCAAGAUCCCGUUCCUGUGGAUUGGCCGUUUACCGGGGACUUUUUCCUGUUUGGUGGGGAUCGUUGUCUGCCAAUCAAGAACACCCAUGUAGAGCGCUAUCCUGUUCGCUUACUGGCCACAAACUACCGCACGAUGGAGGCCGAAUGGGAUGUACUGUGUCAUUAUAUACCAAUAGAGUGGACCACAACAGAGAACAAAUGGCCUUCCGGUGACUACAUGCUGCCGAUCGGUCGUCGAAGUGGUCUAAAAUCCUCGAUGAUCUACUUAGCCGAGUAUGUGGACGAUGUAACACACAAGCACAUAAAUUCCAAUCCGAACCAGACACCGGACUCUGACGGGUCGGUAAGCAGAUACAAAUGUCCGGAAACAUUUCAGCGUGCACGGUUUACCUUCGUCAGUAAGAACAGCGAAACACGGCAGGUUCCACGUGAAGACGGAGGGGAAUCACAGAGGCUGAACGUUGUCGCAAUGACAGCGAUGGAGUUCUGCAUCCGGGAGAACGACACUGUCCGUAUUGAGUCGGGUGGAGAUGAAUGGCCAAACGGUGACUACUGUGUUUUCACGAUGAAUACGGAGUGUCCCACGGGAAUGAGAGCUACCAGGGAAGCGCCAAUGAAAAUUCCUAAUUUCUUGCUGAAGAGCGUGGACAUCUUGGAUGAAUAUGGGAACAAAAUGAGUAACAAGCAAUGGCACGAGGAUGCCGACAACCAUGUGGUAUACUUCAUGCGUUGUUGUCGCGAAGACCAUACCUUGCUCCUUCGUCUACCACCGUCCAGCGACGGAUUCUACUUGGCACGAAGUUCUCCACUAUGCUCCAUCGUCCCGGGAACCCUUCUCGAUCAGGAACAAGUGGCCACAUACCUCAGUCCUCCAAUCUACGAAAAACGAAGCCAGAAUUUGAACGAUCGGGAUCUGACACUCUAUCGGGAAUUUUUCACUCUGAGAGAGGGUCUCAUGUAUUUGUGCUAUUACCAUCCUGGCACCGGUUUGGACUAUUCCGUUGCCAUUCCACCGGAAAUGCAGCAUUACUCAACGGUGAAUUUGACGGAAAAGGACAUGGAGGAUAUGGCAAGGCUCUGCGGAUGUGCGCAAAAUGCAGUCUGUAUCCCGCACCGACGAGCGGAAUGUUUCUGUAAACCUGGGUACUACGGUGACGGACGUCAUACCUGUCGAGCGAUCACACCUUUGACGGACGGCUGCGCUAAUUUGUGUGAUAACGAAGCCAUUUGUGUGGAGCGACUGGAGCCAAUAUUCCACAAAAAGAAACGGGUAAGGCUCUGCGGAUGUGCGCAAAAUGCAGUCUGUAUCCCGCACCGACGAGCGGAAUGUUUCUGUAAACCUGGGUACUAUGGUGACGGACGUCAUACCUGUCGAGCGAUCACACCUUUGACGGACGGCUGCGCUAAUUUGUGUGAUAACGAAGCCAUUUGUGUGGAGCGACUGGAGCCAAUAUUCCACAAAAAGAAACGGGUGACUAGUCAUUACUGUGUCUGUCGCGAGGGCUAUCUGGGUGAUGGAUUCACAUGUCAUCCCAGCUGUACGGAUCGUGACUGUCGACCAUUUAGUCGGUGUGUUCAUAAUGUCAUCCAAAAAACAACCAAAUGUGAAUGUCUCGAGGGCACGAUAGAGUCCGUUGGUCGGUGUAACUUGGACAUAUACAGGAGUGUCCAGCACGAGAAAGAUUUGCCACAAUUCCUGGUACAUCAUGACCAUUGUUUGUCGAAAGCCACUCAAUUAGCUUUGCGGGAGCUCACACCGUCUCGAUACUUCUACGUGUUCGUGCCGGAUGAGAUGCUCCGGACGUGUCACAACAUCACCACUCAUAUUGUGGUACGCAAGACAGCAUUGACGGAAAGUGAACUUAAUAGCGCAACUGCGGAAUCCCCAGUCUUACUGGUAACAGAAAACAAUACGGUUAUUGAAAUCUAUCCUGAGAACGGCACAUGGGUCAUCGAUGGUAAUUUGGCACAAACACCUCCCGUCCGAUUCGUAAAUGGAGAAAUGUACGCCAUCUCCGCUCCUCUAAAACUUACUCCAUACGUCCGUAGACAUUCUGGAUACUACGCCGCUGUGGUAAUCGUCUCGUUGUUGUUGGUUGUUGGCCUGGCCCUUCUUAUCUACAAGCUCUACCCACAUCGACACAGCCUGAGAAUGCCUUUUAUAACGGGGGUGUCGAUUGGCCGAACAAGUGGCGGCGCAAGAACGGACGAAUCAGCUGAGCCUGAUCGAACAGGCGACCAGACCAUCGCUCACUGGACUACUGUCGACCUUGAGGCACGAUGCUGGGCGCGUGAACACUAA